AACCAAUCCAUGACCAUUCCAAAUGAGAUUAACACAUCAAAACUUAACAUCACAUACUAUUCUUCAUUCAAAGUUCAAUUUUAACAAUGUACAAAAUUAUCUAAACUCUCAACAAAACUUGGAGACAAAUCAACGGAACUCUGGACAGGAUCUUAUUCCAGAGCAUUCGAAAGAUAAUGAAGAAACUCAAACUAGACACAAAAAGACUCAGGAAACGAAAAAGAAAGAAACUAGAAACUGUCCACAAGAUGGUCCAAGAGCUACUAAGCUAUCAGGUUUUGAUAAUUGGUCAAGUUCAAGUUCGAUUCCAUUAAAAGCAAGAGUACCUAAAUCAAACCAAAGUAUCACCAACGAAAAAGUAGAAAAUCAAACAAAAGAAAAUGGAAAAGGAAAAAAUCAAGUUAAGAAAGGAAAUGGUGAGAAGAUCAAAGUGAGGAUCGAAACCACCAAACCAAAAAGUAAACGAAAAAGAGAAGAAGAAGAGAUGGUUUUAAAAGAAACUAAAGAUUCGAUCGUCAAUAGAGAAAAAAUUUUGAAUGAAAGGAAAGAAGCAAGACGAAAGAAAGCAGCAAUAGUUCAAGACCAAUCAAUUCCAAUCCACGAGAGACUAAAACGCGAUGCGAAAUCAAAAGUCGAUCCAGAAACCCUAAACCCAAAAAGAAGAUCAACUACUUUGAAUGCAGCUAUCGAAGGUUUAGAAUCUAUACCCAAAUCAAAGACAAUCAAACAUCAAGGUAGAAUCACUAUUGGAAGGUCUAAUACAUUCGGUAUCUUUCAGAAAAACGUUUCUAGUUCUAAACUUAAACCAACUCCUCGUAAAGGAUCAGGUGAUUUGGUGUUCAAUGAGCUCAAGUUUUUAGAUAAGAAAAAACGGAUUAGAUCAAGUACAAAAAGCCAAUCACCAGCAACGGAAAAAAAUCUAAAUGAUAAGCCUCAUGACCAAACGUCUGGCAGCGAAUCCGACAAAGUGGAUUCGCAGAAGAAUGAUAAAACUAAGAAAACACGAAAAGAAGUUGCUUCUGAUUCAUCGGUUCGAGAGCCUUGUGCUCAAGAAGAUCUUAGGACAUCUAUUUCGAGUCAUUCAGAUACCGACAAUCAGCAUUCGGCAAACUCUUUACGGUUGAGACGUAAUGGUAGACUAACCAGUUGUCCAUCAGCCUCUUUAGAGGGAACAUCUCCUAAGAAAGCCCGGAAAAUGUACGAUGAUCACAAGCAGACAUCUCCUGUCAGUUCUCAACAUGAUCCCAAAUCGCCAGAUCCACCAGAGAUCUCUAUACAUGAUGGAACGGCUCUUGAAGAUCCUCUCGUACUGUCAAGACGACCUUCUGGAGGGGAUUCUAACUUUAAAUCUACACCAGAGCUUCCUCUUCGAUCAGUUCCAGUAGACCAGAUGAGUAACAAUACUCAGACGAACAACUCGCUAGAUAGACUGAUCAUGGCUUGUGAGGCUGAUAUGCCGGUGAUAUACGAUCAUAUUACACAGGAUCGUUCGUGUCAUUCUCAUGGUUCUCAGGUAGAUUGUCAUACAUCUUUGUUAUCUUUCGAAAUGGAAGAGGCAGUCAACGAUCCACGAUUCAUAAGACCUUCGAGUCUUCAAUAUCAACAAGAGUUUCUUGAUGAUGAUGAUGAUGAAGCCUAUUAUACUACGACUGAAUUAGCUGAAGGCUUGUUUUUGGAGGAUCCAGUCGAGUAUAUUUACGAAGAAGACUUCUUGUGUUCUCCAGAGAUUGAUGAAGAAUUCGAAGUCGACAGGUAUGGCUCCCGACUUGACCAUCAUUCUUAUGGUCCAUUGGAAUCUGUUGAUCAUCGAACAUAUUCGAGAUCAAAUGCUCCUCAAGCUUUGGAAUACCGUGGUUCUCAUCAAAAAGACGUCUUUGACUCUCCUGCGGUUGGAGAAGAACUCGAUAUCCACCUAUAUGGUUCAGGACCUAGCCGCUAUGCCCUACACCACCAAGCAGAUUAUCUUGACCAUCCAGUCGAACCUCUAGAAGACUUUGAUUCUCAUCUUUUACUUUCACAACCUGAUCAUCCAGAUACAUAUGAAGAUUUACCAGAAACAGAUCAUACAUUCGGGCGAUAUGAACCAAAUCAAGAUAUGAUCGAUCAGUCAGACAUUUAUUUUGAUCCAAGUCCAAGUGAAGAUCUAAACAACCAGUACUUAGAAAUGAGAGAAAUGGGAAUAAUGAUGGAAUGUGAACGAUUACCUUUUAGGAAUAGAAUUGGUUUUGAAGAAAGUAGGAAACGAUUGAAGUUGGAUGAUGAUGAUCGAUUGAAAUUGAAAUCGAGGUCAGCUAUUGAAGGUGCACCACCUGGAUUUGAAUGGACUGCCAGUAGGGCUUGAAACAAGAUAUGGUAUGUAAGUAGGAUCGUAUGAGAUCAUCCGGAUGGUAGAGUUCAAACGAUUUGGAAAAUAUGUUGGAAUGCUCAGGAUAGAAUUCGGGUAAAGUGAUGUGGAUUUAAUUGUUUCAUUUCGGCUUUCUUUUUGUAAAACCGGUUUUGCAAGAUUUAGAAGACUAAGUCUUCUGCUAAGAUUUUGAUUUGAUGCUGAUGAUGUGAUCAAUGGUGUUACCUUUUUCACAAACUUAUAAGCGCUUUCAAUGUCUCUUUUUAUUUUAUGUUUAAGACUUGAAAUUAAAUUAUAAAUGAGUGUUUGAUACAACAACAAAAGGUGGAGAGUACUUGACUAGGGAAUUUAUUACACUUUUAGGUGAGAGUAUGAGUCCACCGCUUCAUGAAUAGUUUGUAAUCAAUGAUGAUGAUGAUGUUCAUAGUCUGCU